AUGGAGCAAGACGGCCGACAGGAAGUCGUCGCGUACGUCACAAACUCCAAUAUGGAGACGGAAAAGGGCUUCACCCAAGAUGUUGGAUAUAAGCUUUCACCGCCCGUUCCGUCAGUUGACCUGACAAAGCUGGAAAAUGAUGAAGAUACAAACUGGAGGCUCCAACCAGAACUGCCGCACGCCAACUUCAGAAAAGCGACGAAGAGGGUGAAGUUUUAUUUCCCUCGGGAAGGACGAAGUCUAAAGCAUCUCGCUGAUGAGUGGAUCUGCUUCUCUGAUGGGACAAACUUCACGGAUUCAUCGGUCGGCUUUGUCGCAGACAUGUUCCCGUUGAUGGUUGAGUCAAUCAAGGGCGAAGGAGAGGGGCCCUUUUGGUAUCCAACCCUCCUCCUGAAUCUGGACAUCAAGAAAGCGCUGCCGCCGCAGGGAGUCAAGUGGCUGCAGGUUAGGGCAGGUAUGAAGAAGGUAGCAAACGGUAGGAUGGACUUGGAAGUGUGGGUGCACGAUGCUGAUGGCGAUCUGGUGGCUUUGAGCCAUCAUGUAGCAUUUGUGUUGGAUGCUGCUAGGAAUACAGCCGCAAGGAAAACGGGCAAUGCGAAGAUCUAG